CCCGGCGCGAAGUGAGCUGCUUUGGGUUGCCUCUUCCGAGGAGGACAUUCUGAGUGAGGCGCUGCUUAGACCUUCGUGCUUGCUCUUGAUUCAUUCCCCGCGGAAGGGCCUAUGAGGAACGGGGUGGCGUCGUUUUCAUAUUGCAUUUUGGACAUUUAACAAAAAAUAACUUCAGCGCCGCCGAGAAAGAAAGAGAAAAACAGCAGCCCCGAAGCAACGCCAUGGAGCUUGCUCCUCCUAGGGACCAGCCUGCUAAAGCUAUCAAACCAAUAGACCAGAAAUCUGUCCAUCGGAUUUGUUCAGGACAGGUGGUGCUGAAUCUGUGUACUGCGGUGAAAGAACUGGUGGAAAAUAGCAUAGAUGCUGGUGCUACCAGUGUUGAAGUGAAACUUAAAGAUUAUGGAGCAGACCUUAUUGAAGUUUCUGAUAACGGCUGUGGUGUAGAAGAAGAGAACUUCGCAGGCUUGACUCUGAAACACUAUACUUCUAAGAUACAAGAGUUUUCUGACCUUACACGCGUUGAAACGUUUGGCUUUCGAGGUGAAGCUCUGAGUUCCCUGUGUGCACUGAGUGACGUUUCCAUCAUUACUUGUCACAAAUCUGCAAAGGUUGGCACCCGCUUGGUAUUUGACCACAGUGGGAAAAUCACUCUGAGGACCCCCUGCCCACGACAACAGGGGACAACUGUCAGUGUGCAGCAGUUAUUUUAUACCUUGCCAGUACGACAUAAAGAAUUUCAGCGCAACAUUAAGAAGGAGUAUGCAAAAAUGGUUCACGUGUUACAAGCAUACUGUAUCAUUUCAACAGGAGUUCGUAUUAACUGCACCAAUCAGGUUGGCCAAGGAAAGAAGCAAGCUGUGCUGUGCACCAGUGGGAGCUCAAACUUAAAAGAAAACAUUGGAGCAAUAUUUGGACAAAAGCAGGUGCAGAGCUUGGUUCCUUUCGUUCAGCUACCCCCUAGUGAUGCUGUCUGUGAAGAAUAUGGCCUGAAUGCUUCUGAUAUGCCAGCCAAUUUUUAUACUAUCACAGGUUUUGUUUCCCGUUGCGAUCAUGGUGUCGGGAGAAGUACCACAGACAGGCAGUUCCUCUUUGUCAACCAGCGGCCCUGUGAUGCAGGCAAGGUUUCCAAAGUUGUGAAUGAAGUGUACCACAUGUACAACAGACACCAGUAUCCGUUUGUGGCUCUUAACAUAUGUGCAAAUUCUGAAUGUGUUGACAUCAAUGUGACACCUGACAAAAGGCAGAUAAUGUUGCAGGAAGAGAAACUUCUAUUGGCGUCUCUAAAGACUUCAAUGCUGGGAAUGUUUGGCAGCGACGUUAACAAACUCAUUGUCAAUCAUAUGUUGCCAAAUAUUAAAGGUAGGAAUGACAGCAUGCUUCAAGAAGAGGCAGAAAGCCCUGCCUUGGAAACUUCGUGUGCCGCCUCCUCUCAGAAUCUGAGUGCGAAAGAAAAAACAGCAAUCACUGUUGCCAAACUUAGGGAAUCGUUUUCUCUCCACCAAGCAAAGAAGACCCAUUUUCAUGGUGUUGGAAAUGCCAAACGUCAACAUAGUUCCUCCGGGCAAAAAGGGCUUCCGGCAUUUUUUAGCGUUUUGGAUUCUCCAAAUAAGAAGACUGGCUCCAGCAAAGAGGCUGAGAGCAGAAGAGAGGAGGAUCCAAGUACAUUCAUGCUUUCGGGCAAAAAACUCGAGAAAUUGGCAGAAGAUAGAGAUUCUGGUUGUGGCAGCAGCUCAGCGGAAUCAGAAGUGGGCUUAAGCACGCCAGAAAAUGGUAGCUGUUCCAGCUGUGAAAACGCAAUUGGCUCACCUCUUGAAGAUUUCCCUGUUUUCAGAGAAGUUCAAAGUGGCAGUCUUGAGACGAGGGGGGAUUUCUGGGGGGCUGAAUGCAAAUUGAACCAAAGCAAAGGGAGCCAAUUAUCCCAGCAGGCAGACAGUUCACCCCCCAAAAUGAAACGUUUUAAGAUGAGCCAGCCUUUUUCUCAGGUGGCCUCUCCAUCCAAGACUGAGAAUGACCGGGUUUCUUCUGUCCUGUCACAGUACGACGUACCUGUAGAACUGGAGAAGAAAACCGUACUGUUGGAGUUUUCUCUGAGCGCACUGAUAGGCAGAGUAAAGAAGCUAAGCCAGGAACAGGAGAAGAAAGAAGCAGCAGCGCUAAAAUUCAGGAAAUUCAGGGCAAAAAUUAGCCCAGGAGAAAAUAAAACAGCAGAAGACGAAUUAAGAAAAGAAAUAAGGAAAGAGAUGUUUGCUAAAAUGGACAUAAUCGGCCAGUUCAAUUUAGGGUUUAUAAUAGCCAAGCUGAACUCGGACCUCUUCAUCAUUGAUCAACAUGCUUCAGACGAGAAGUACAACUUCGAGAUGUUGCAAGAGCACACUGUUCUGCAGGGACAGAAGCUGAUCACGCCUCAGCAUCUUAAUUUAACUGCUGUAAGCGAAAGCAUUUUAAUGGAAAACCUGGAAAUUUUCAGAAAAAAUGGAUUUGAUUUUGUUAUUGAUGAAGAUGCUCCUGUUACCCAAAGAGUUAAACUCAUUUCGUUACCUACAAGCAAAAACUGGACUUUUGGUCCGCAAGAUAUAGAGGAGUUAAUCUUCAUGUUAAGCGACUGCCCUGGAGUGAUGUGCAGGCCUUCCAGAGUAAGACAGAUGUUUGCUUCUCGAGCAUGUAGAAAGUCUGUGAUGGUUGGAACAGCACUUAAUGGAAAUGAGAUGAAGAAACUGAUCACCCACAUGGGUGAGAUUGAACAUCCUUGGAAUUGCCCACACGGAAGACCUACCAUAAGGCAUAUAGCCAAUCUAGAUCUGAUUUCACAAGAAUAAUGAACCUUUAUGCACGUUCGUUAGGACAAUUUUAGCAUUUAUUCCAUUGGCGGAUGCUGUUGAGACCUCUUUUAUAGGAUUGUGAUUUAUCACGAAAGUCUCUUUCUCUCUUUGCAGCACAAAAGAUCAAGCUUACCAUUUUGUUCAAGAAGUAAACUAU